GUGUACUAUCUGCACAAAACUCGCAUCUCUGUAUCCAAUUAGAAACCACCAGAAUCUUUUAGUUUCAAUUAGCAUGGUGGAAGGAUAUCUUGCUCCAAAUAUGAUUAGCAAUUCCAAUUCAUUAAUGUUGAUGAUGGUAUUAAUACUGGUUGCAACGGUGCCGGGGAUAUGCCACGGCAAAGAUGGGUGUGGAGAACACAGGUGCGGACGCCAUGGCCCUCCGAUUCGAUUCCUAUUCCGUCUUAAAGACAAGGAGCCCCCUCACUGCGGUUACCCUGCCUUUGAUCUCACUUGUUCUGAUUCUCAUGACACCUUCAUUGAGUUCUCUGCUUCUCCUGUCCCACUUAAACUCCUUGUCACUGAUAUCCAAUAUGAAUUUAACUCUUUCCAAGUCUCUGACACGCAAAAUUGUCUUCCCACCCACUUGCUCAAACUCAUAAAAAAUUCUUCCUCAAUUUCUCCUUUCCAGUUCAGUCCGGAUCAGAGUCUGAACCAUAUAUCUUUCUUCAAUUGUUCACCUGAUCCGCAAUAUCAACUCUCCUGCCCCAUUUACGUUGCUGGCAGUGAGGAUUCACUCCUCAGUUCCAAUCUCGUAUCGUGCACCAAGAUUUUUGACAUUUCUUCAACCUUCUAUGACCCACAAUUAGUAGUUUGGCACAAUACUUUGGAUUUGUGGUGGUCGAAACCUAAUUGUAGCAUGUGUGAAACACAAGGCAAGAGAUGUAAACUGAAGAACAAUGGCACUCAAGGUGAAGUUGAGUGCUUCGGCCACCAUCAUAAUAACUCACUCUUUGGCUCCACAGGUGUUGUGGCAGGUUUAAUUCUGCUGGCAGCAGUGGCUACUGCAGUGUUUAAGAUCUAUCAACAUUUUAGAAUGAAAGGAGAAGAUCGAGCAAGAAUUGACAAGUUCUUGGAAGAUUACAGGGCACUCAAGCCUACCAGAUUCUCUUAUGCUGAUGUUAAGAGGAUCACAAAUGGUUUCAAGGACAAGCUGGGUGAAGGAGGUCAUGGAGCAGUCUUCAAGGGCAUGCUCUCCUCAGAAAUCGGCGUAGCUGUGAAGAUACUCAACAGCAACACGGAGGGUGAAGGGAAAGAUUUCACCAACGAGGUGGGAACCAUGGGCAAAAUUCACCAUGUCAAUGUGGUUCGCUUACUUGGCUUUUGUGCGCAAGGAUUUCAUUGUGCUCUAGUUUAUGAUUUCUUUCCAAAAGGUUCAUUGCAAAACUUCAUAUCCACGCCAGAUAACAAGGACGACUUCCUUGGAUGGGAGAAGCUUCACCAAAUUGCCCUUGGUGUUGCUAGAGGCAUUGAGUAUCUUCACCAUGGUUGUGAGCAACAGAUCCUUCAUUUUGACAUCAAUCCCCACAAUAUCUUACUAGAUGACAACUUGACUCCCAAGAUUACUGAUUUUGGGCUUGCCAAGUUGUGUUCCAAAGAUCAGAGCAAAGUUUCAAUGACAGCAGCCAAGGGAACCAUGGGCUACAUUGCGCCUGAAAUUGUCUCAAGAAACUUUGGAAAUGUGUCUUACAAAGCAGAAAUUUAUAGCUAUGGGAUAUUGUUGCUUGAAAUGGUAGGAGGAAGGAAAAACAUAGAGAUGGAAGUUGAGGGGUCUUUAAGGAUUUUAUACCCUGAAUGGGUGCACAACUUGCUUGAUGGGGGAGAUUUUCAUGUACACAUGGAAGAUGAGGAAGACAAUAAACUUGCAAAGAAAAUUGCAAUUGUUGGACUACAAUGCAUUCAGUGGCAGCCAUCAGAUCGUCCUUCCAUCAAAACUGUCUUAAGUAUGUUAGAAGGAGAUGCAGACAAAUUAAAUGUACCUCGUAAUCUUUUCGACUUAACAAAUUCUAUUAGCAGAGGACGACAAAUAACCCACCAGACAAGGCCUCUAAAUUUAGAGUUGGAGAGGAUUGAAGAAUCAUAUCAUUAUCAAACAAGUCCUUUCUAAUAUGCAUUAUAAAGAGAGUAUAUUUUGCAAUAGUUUUAUCUUCUAAUCAGCUCAUUAUUUUGG